ACCCUGCAAGCAACAUCAAUCUCUGUCCUGCUGUUCCUCUGGUGACUUAGGUUAACUUCAAUUUGCAACAAGAUGCCUAAACUCCUGCAAGGCAUUGUCACGGUCAUCGAUAUUUUCUACAAAUAUGCCAAUGAACAUGGGGAAUGUGACAUGUUGAGCCAAAAAGAGAUGAAAGAACUUCUGGAAAAUGAGUUUCACCAAAUUCUGAAGAACCCAGAUGAUCCAGAAACUGUAGAUAUCAUCAUGCAAAGUCUGGAUCGAGAUCAUAACAACAAAGUGGAUUUUACUGAGUAUCUUCUGAUGAUAAUCAAGCUGGCUCAGGCUUGUAACAAAAUUAUUGGCAAAGAUUACUGCCAAGCUUCAGGGUCAAAGCAGGGAAAUCACAGUCACCAUCACCAAAAGGAACAGAGUGAAAAAGAUGAAGAUGACAAAGAGCAAGAUGCCUCUUCAAGUUAUUCAAGUUCUAGUGCAGGAGAGAAUGAUGCUUAUUCCAGGGGCUCGAGAGAAAGCAAUAAACACAAGUCUGCAAGGACCUCUAGAAAACAAAGGAAGGAGAAACACCAAAAUUAUGAAGAAAGGACGAAAACAAAUUCAAGUCACCUAGAAAAUAGUGAGAAAUAUCAACAAGGCCAAAAUGAAUCGAGAUCAACCCACUCAUCAAACCAAAGCAGAAGGGGUAUUAGCAAAAGGGAAGAUUCUGGCUAUACCCAAAAUGGCUCUACAUUAGAACAGUCUGCUGGCUCCAGGAGACAAGGAUCUGGCCAACAUCAGUCUUGUGGUAACGGAAAACAUAAUAUUUCAUCAAGAGAACCAUCAGGUUGGGGCUCCGGACAAUCUUCCAACAAUGACACAAACAACACAGAGACAAAACAGUCUUCGAGCCAGAGGAGAAAUACCUGUGGAUCAGGACAACGUUCUGGGUCACAAGAAUAUGGCACAGCAUCACAAACCUCUCAUAGCUCCACAGGACAAGGCUCCACAGGCCAAGGGUUUGGACAAGGUCACUCCUCUGGUUCUGGACACUAUGGUGCUUCAUCAGGACAGUCAUCAGGCUUGAGCUCAGGUCAGUCCACUUCUCAGGGCACACAAGGAUCAGGAUCAAGCCAAGCAUCUAAGCAUAGGAGAAGCAGUUCUAGCUCAAGUGAGACUUUUGGCACCCAGCAACAUGGGUCUGGCACAGGAGGGUCUUCUGGAUGUAGUCAUCAUGGAUCUGGGCAAGGUCAGUCUUCCGGUAGUAGGGAACAUGGUUCUUUCUCUGGACAGUCAUCAGGCAGAGGCCAGCAGGUCUCUGGUUAUGGUCAGUCUUCCAGCUCUGGCACUCACUACUCAGGCUCAAGCAAUACUUCUACCCAGAGGAGACACGGCUCUGGGUCAGGACAGUCUUGUGGUUCAGGUCAAUAUGGUUUUGCAUCAGGACAGUCUUCUGGCUCCACAGGCCAAGGUUUUGGACAAGGUCACUCCUCUGGUUCUGGACACUAUGGUGCUUCAACAGGACAAUCAUCAGGCUUGAGCUCAGGUCACUCCACUUCUCAGGGCACACAAGGAUCAGGAUCAAGCCAGGCAUCUAUGCAGAGGAGAAGCAGGGGUAACUCACGGGAGUUUUCUGGCUCCCAGCAAUAUGGGUCUGGCACAGCAGAGUCUUCUGGAUGUUGUGUACAUGGUACUGGGCAUUUUCCAUCUUCUAGUAUUGGGGAACAUGGUUCUUUCUCUGGACAGUCAUCAGGCAGUGGCCAGCAGACCUCUGGUUAUGGUCAGUCUUCCAGCUCUGGCACACACUACUCAGGCUCAAGCAAUACUUCUACCCAGAGGAGACAUGUCUCUGGGUCAGGACAGUCUUGUGGUUCAGGUCAAUAUGGUUCUGCAUCAGCACAGUCUUCUGGCUCCACAGGCCAAGGUUAUGGGCAAGGUCACACCUCUGGGUCUGGACACUAUGGUGCUUCAUCAGGACAGUCAUCAGGCUGGGGCUCAGGUCUCUCCACUUCUCAGGGCACACAAGGAUCAGGAUCAAGCCAGACAUCUAAGCCUAGGAGAAGCAGUUGUAGCUCAAACAGUCACCAGUCUGUAGUCAGCAUGGAUCUGACACUGGUCACUUAUCUAGCAGAGGCCAACAUUGUUCAUCAUCUAGACAUUUACCAUUUUCUGGGCCUUCUCAAUAUAGCUCAGGUCAGACCUCUAACUGUGGUCAGCAUGGUUCUACUUCUUGGCAGUCUUCCUCCUAUGACCAGCAACAGCCUGGAUCUUAUCAGCCAUCCUCCUGUAGUCAUCAUGGUUCUAACUCUGGAGGGUCUUCCAACUUUGGCCAAUGUGGUUCUAGCUCAGUAG